CUUUAAUUUAUUAAUUGAAUUUAAAAUGUAUACCAGGAUGGCCAAGCACAAGCUCAAUAACACUUGAUACGAUUAUUCAUCAUCCGGAGGCCCCACUUUCGGUAUUGAUAAGCACCUAGUAACGACUGCAGAAACUUUACAGCAGUUUCAUGAAGACAACCCGAGCAAGCCCAAAUCGCAGCCUUCUUCACACAAAAAGCAAAGUUCAAAUAGAAAUCAUUUUAAAGACAUCCCCAGCAGUAAAGACACAAUCAAGAGACUCCACUACGACUUAACUGAAGACCAGACCAAACUCGAAGAAGACUUGAAGUUCACUGCUCAGUUACAUGCUCUAAAUGUGGGCGCAAAUGGGAACACAGUCAGUCAUCCUUCGAUCAGCAAAUAUACGAAUAAUCCCUACAAAGCGACCAGCACGUUCAGUUUCUACAGCAGACUCGGAGACUCCAAAGAACUCAUGACUUCGAAGUCUACCAGUCAUCUCAAAUAAGAAGAAGAACACCAAAGCCAUGGCCAAGUCUUUUGUCAGUGGAGGCUCUCAGAAACAAUGAAAAAGUCUCAAAGGGACUGCAGCUCCUCGUGGAUUCAUGGGUAAAUAACAAUCGCAAGCUGCUUAAAGCCAACUGUUACAGCAGGCUGAGUUCAAACGAUGCAGUCAACACAACUCUGAACAGAAACAAAACGAUGAGGCAGCUCAAUAGUGUUCUCGGAACAUACAACAGAGACAACAUGGUCAGUCACGACUCGAAGUCUUUGACAAAAAGAAGUAAAGGUAACAAAACUGCUCGGUCACCCCGCAGAAAAGCUAGAGCAGCCAACAAGCUGCUCAAUAUUUACAAGCAGCUCGGAGAGCGUCUCAAGUCGAUGCAAGUGGCGUCACAACAAAUCUACCAGAAAGCAGUCAAGCUCAAGCAAUACGAAAACAGAAUGAAAGAAGAACUCAAAAUCAUGGAAAAGGCAACUCGGCCAGGUGGCAAUGCUUCUGAGCGAGAACAGGCUCUUGAAAUACAGCGCAACAGACGCAACAACGAAGAGUUCAAAGAAAUCAUCCGCAACAUCAGGAGCAUCGACACCAAACCUACAGACUUGUUCGGAAACACAGACCAGUUCUGGAAACAGAGUCAAGCGCAUCAAGAACACUCGCUCAGAGACCCAUUCGAUCCUACAGAAAGCCAAAGCCACUUGAUGCUCCAACCUUUGGGAGACGACGAGCUUGCUUUCACUCAAAGCGACAACCAAAUGCUGAAAUCAGGUGCUCAGUUUGUGGACGCUGCAACUUCAACAGUACACAGACUAGAUGACAAGUCAACGCUGGCUCAUGUUGAGCAAGCCAGCGUCAGGCUUCAGGCUGAGCUGAUCAGUUCAGAGCAGGUCAACAAACUAGAAACCCUUAGUCAAGAUUACCAGUCGUUUCUGCAGCAAAAGAAGUCGUUCGAACAAACACUCAGACUUAAGAACCAAGAGCUUGCACAGAAAAGCAAAGACAUCGAGCAAGCGCAAGCAAUGCUUAAGUCAAAGACUGUGCAAUACGACGAUCUGAGUUUGAAAUUUAAGGCUCAACAAAGCGAACUGGCUGCAGUUAAAGAACAUAAAGACCAACUUUACAAACAAAAUGAGCAGUACCAACAGCUUGAAGCCAGGCGAGACAGUCAGCAUCAAACCAGAAUGGCUGAGCUUGAAGCCAAGCUUAGAGAUGUCACAGAGCGAGAACACAAAAUGGCCAGACAACAACAAGAGUUUGAAGCCAACCGAGACAGCACUCUGUGAGACCUUGAAAAGCGGAUCCAGACGACUCAUGACCUGGUGAAGACAGUGAUGCAUCUGAAUCAGGAAGAUGUGAUGUCGCUGCAUGACCCUAAGGAGGGCCAGCGAGGGUUUUCGUUCAGCAUGAGCAAAGAGAUAAAGCAGAUUGGAGAGCCAUCUCAACAGAACUAUGACGAAGAAAAGGUUAUUAUUCAAGAGCCUCUCGAUGUUUUCCAAAUAGAGAAUGAAAUGAAUAAUAAUUCAAAGUUCAGUAGCGAAGCUAAAGAUUCUAAGAAAGACAAUAACGACACUGAUGAGGAACAAAUUCUUAAAGCUUAUAAUCAUGAAGAGGAUAAAGACUCAAGAAAUAACUUAGAAUUUCCUAAUAUUUUCAUGUCUCCUAAAUUUAAAUCCUUUGAAAACCAACUUCAUGACGAAGAAAAAUUUAAGAUUGUAAGCUCAGGUUAUAAAUCCUCUGAAAAAUCAAUUGAAGAAAUAAAAGAAACCCUUAAACACAGCGGGAUGGAAAUGGAUAAUGAGUCAUCUAAUCAGCGACAAAUUAGGACUCUUAAUAACCCAAAGACUCUUCAGCCUAGCCCACCAGCCUCUCAGUCGGACCACAAGGAAGAACUACGCCGGCUGCUUGGAAACACAUCUCCGAAUCAGUCACGGAAUAAGAAUCCAGUGACCUGAAUCAGUAGCAUAAAUUCCUCGCACAAUAAGGAUUCUCAGGACCAGGACUACAUAAUGUCACCUCUGAACGAAGACAUAGCUCAUAUGGAGAAUCUGGAGCAUUACCAGAAGAAGAGAGAGGAAAUAUUUAAUGAAGUCAAUUCCAUUCGGAAAGGAGUCUACGAGAGUGUAGAAGAGUAUAUUAAAAAUGCCAGCAAACAGGAAAAUAGCUUCGAAAGUAUGAGGCUAAGUGGGAAAGAGAUAGAGUUUGACCCCCAGGAAAUGCAGAAAGAUUUGGAUAUUGAAGAGAUUGAAGAGAGAAGUGGAAGUGGAUUUGAGGAGAUUUUAGAAAAUUAAUUAUUUUUAAUUUUGGAGUGGGUUUAGGGUCGUUUAACAGUGUUUUGAGGAUAGGGAAUUGCAUUUAAGAUGAAAUAAGGUAUUUAAGGUUGUUUAA